AUGUCAAUGGCAUCCGUAGAGAAUAAGUUGGCUCGGGUGAAGACAGUGAUUUCAGAGAUUGUAGGGGAUCGGGCGAAUGACUCGGAUGACUGUCGGCAUUUGCUGGGUAUGCUUUCUGAACUUGCAAAAGCGAUGAGCAUCAGCACUGCUCAAGCCGUGUACCACGAGGCAUGGGCUACUAUUCAUACCGGCUAUUACACCAAGGUCCACCAUGGAUGCCGAGAGGCAUUUGCUGUUGCAGCUAGCUGUCUGGCAAUACUACAAAAGUCGACAUUCUAUGCUGAUAUGGGGAUUAUGAUCGGUGGGCCUUCGACGAGAUCCUAUGGGCUCCUGCAGGAGGUCUGUCGGGAGAUUGCGGAGUUAAGCGUGUCGGUGCAUCGUGAGGAAAAGCGAGUGAAGCGGGCUUUCCCAACGGGAGAGGACGAACCGCCAAUGCUGAAGUUCCCUGUUGAUGAAGUAGAUGCAUCAGAGAUUUCAUUCGAGAGGUUUCUCACUGAGUAUUACGUCCCUCAAAAACCAGUGAAAAUCCGAGGACUGGUUUCGAGAUGGCCAGGAGUUCAGUCUUGGAAGGAUCCGGAUCAUUGGACGCACAGCAAAUACGGAGACCGCCUGGUCCCAAUAGAAGUCGGUGGAUAUAUGAGCUCCACCUACAGUCAGCAACUGAUGAAGUUACGGGACUAUGUGGAGGAACAUCUGUUGAAGCCUGGAAAGGACAAUGCUGAUAAAUCGAUCGCAUACUUGGCCGAAUAUGAGAUCUUCAAUCAAAUACGAGAGCUCGAGAACGAGGUGCAGCCAGUACCGGAUAUAUGUCUAAGUGGCGAUGAGGGGAUCGUCAGGCGCCUGUUGUUUUUCGGACCAGCUGGAACUGCCUCCCAAACUCAUCGAGAUGCCGACAAUAAUAUGAAAUGCAUGGUCGUCGGUAGCAAGUAUGUGCGUUUAUUCAGCCCGUCACAGGAGAAGUGUCUUUACCCUCUUCAGCGAGGUAUCCUCACUAACAAUUCCACUCUGCCGACUGACAUCCUCACUGAGCCAAUCGACACCGAGAGAUAUCCCUUAUAUAAGGAGGCGAUAUACUCGGAAGCCAUUCUGAAUGCCGGCGAUGCGCUGUUUUUACCGAAUGACGAUGGCGAUGAUUAUGUGGAAGAUGGCGAGGAUCCGUUCGAUAUAUUCUGCUCCCUCGGAACCGGUGCCCUGAUCGCAACUACUUGUGGUCAUGUGUCCGCCAAUUCGGAUGACACAGGUAUGCCUGCCCGUGAUUAUGAAGGGAUCCGGAGCGAUAUCGAAUCCCCUAGCGGGCAACCCUAUAAUCUGACGCGUUCGGUCAGUAUCAAGUGCGGUGACGAGCUCCUGGUUAGUCCACCAGAUGCUGGUAACCCGGUGACUUUGAUAAGACCCGAUGUGGCUACCAAGUUAAUUAAGGAGGGAUGUGCUCGUGGUCCUUAUUCCUUGAGGGGUACUGGCUUCAAACUCACUGGAGUUACUGGAGGUGAGGCGAUUACCGCGAAGACUUUCGUCGUCAUGAAGGUUCACCUGAAGCCACUGGGGUCCCAGGAGUAUUCCCUGUGUUCUUUCGUACAGGCAUUGAUCGCCCCGGGACUAACUCUGAAGUUCCUCAUCGGCAACAACACACUCCAUUCCUGGAACUGGCGUAGUUUCUGGAGGGGGGCCCCUAACCUCAUCGUUGUGGAUGUCGAAAAGCGAUACAAUAACAAUCUCGAUUCAUGUCUGAUCCCGAAGGAGUCUAUUCGUUCGGAAACAGGAGAACGUUGGAGAAUCGCACUACCCCUGGAGCGUAGUAUGGGAUUCCGUGAGAAGGCUCCUGACUCUCAAGAACAUGCGAAGGUGCUUUGCGGUGCUGUCACGGUCAUCCCGCAAGACGGGGUCCUACAGGUCCCGGUGACUGUUGGGGGCGUAGUCACUGCUGAGCAUCCCCUGUUGAUUACUCCCUCGCUGAGCUUGCUUCCGAAGGGCCUGGAGUUUCCCGAGUGUGUUGUAACUGUCGCGGCUGGCACCUACGCUGCCCGAAUACUAGUGCGUAAUCGUUCCGCAACGGAUCAGCUACUGGAAGCUGGGACGAUCUUGGGGGAGGCGACAUGUAUUGAGGAAAACUUCGACGUACACAACAUGGAGACCAUAACUCAUCGUGCUGCUCUCUAUCGCUGUUCAGAGCAGCGCAAGGCGUGUAUCGUUGUGGGGUAUCUUCCCACAACCACUGAGCGGCGCGUGGUGGUUCGAUUUCCUGGGGAAGAGAACGAACUACCUUUUGCGGUUGAUCCUUCGUAUAUCGGGAUCCCGGAGGAUGGGCGGGUAUUUGAAAGCGGCGAUGAGAGUACAGUGGUCUCUACCGGCUUGCCAAAGCCUCCACCAUUACAACAUCCCAUUGAAGAGGUCCAAGUAGCUCUCAUUGAAUCCGUAGUUGGAGAGAUACUCAAUCCGGAUGACCCAAAGCCCAAGCGUAUCCAUCGGCCCGCAAUUACCCGCAAACGGCAAGGAGGGCCUUCGAUGCUAUCAUGGAAUAUUAAUGGUUUGAGAGGUUUCUUGAAGUCCGAAGCCAAUGUGAGUUGUCUUAAUCGCUUGGUCCGCAACGAGUUACCCGCGAUCAUGGUUCUCACUGAGACUAAGCUUACGCAGGAGAAGAAAGACAGGGCUUUCACCAAGUUGCUAGACUCUCUUCCCGUUCGGUACGAUGUGUUCUCCGCUGAGUCGGCCGGCCGAAAGGGCUAUGCGGGUGUGGCGGUCCUUCUGAAAAGAGCAGUUGACGUUGGCUACGACGAUGGCCUUUGUCUUAUCCACGAGCCUAUUACUGGUAUACCGUCCCGGUUUUUUGAUGGGGAACAAGAUGAGGAGGAAGAUACUACAUCGGGUCGAGUUCUUACCAUAGAGUUGCGGCAAUGCACUCUCGUUGCCGUGUAUGUACCUAACUCCGGAGGUGACCUCCGUUUCCUGGAGUAUCGGUCAAAGUGGGAUGUGGCUUUCCGUCGAUAUAUGAAGUGGUUGCGGUCGCGGGCUGGAGAGAAGCCUCUAAUUAUAGCUGGCGAUCUCAAUGCGUGUGGAUCUGAUCUUGACAUUGGUGAUACUCGAAGGGAGGCGCCACAUAGUCCAUCGAUUCAGCCGUGCGAGGUUGAGGCUUUUGAGAGACUGCAGCGAGAAGUAUCUUUAUGCGAUACAUUCAGAAUCGUCCAUCCCGAAGUAGCUGGCGUUUACAGUUUCUAUUGCAAUGCGUAUGAGAAGAAGCUUAACUUCGGUAGGCGGAUUGAUUAUAUCCUUGUAUCCUCCGAACAGAGCGACUGUGUCGUAGACUCUACUGUGUUUUACGCGGAGUUCGGUUUGGGGUACCGACCUGAUCAUUGUCCGAUACUUGCCGAGCUUCGACCCUCUUUCUGGGGGGCCACGGAUGUUGCAGUUCAAUGCGGAUCGAACGAUAUCAUAGGCCAUUGCUCAUUCGACGGGGAGUGUCACCAGGCUGCCGUGGAAACAUUCGUUGGCCAGAAAGAGUCCCAAACGGGAUCGGAUGAGCAGUUCGAAGAACAGCGGGAGGUACGAUGUCGCCUUAUGCGAGAACUUAUUGCGGGAUUGAGAUCUAGUGAGCUUCCUCCAUCGACUCUUCUCGACUUGAUAGCACCACUCCUCUACAGCGACGAAGUCGACCUCGAAGAAGACGCUAGAACUUGCGGUCUGUACAACGCCGUGAGUGCUAUGGUAUGCGAUGUAGAGGCGAGUGAGUGCCCGCUGAGGGCUCUGCCGCGCUUAGAUGAAGAUUUUAUGUGGCGUGAACCGCGACGAUCAAGUCGACCUGAUAGCUUGCCUACUUACAAGCCCCUCAAGCCCCGCCCGGCCGCACCUCCGCAGAAUGUCAAGGAAUGGUUGCGAUCUCACUUGCAUCUUGAUGAGACCUGCGUGGCGGGUAACUCGACAGAGAAGGCCCGGUUAGAAGAACUGGUUCUGAGGCAUUGGGAUGUAUUUGAUUAUGAGGGCCGUGAUCUUCCGGAGAUGACUGGGGUGUUUCAUGAGAUACAGCUGUCUCCGGGCGCCCAUCCAGUCUACUGUGCACCCUACCGUAUGUCACCCGAGCAGAAGCAAGCCCUGGAGGAGCAUGUCAAGGACCUUCUCUCCCAGAACCUUAUCGAGCCGUCCCAGAGCGAGUGGCAGUCCCCAGUCAUGUUCAUCGCAAAAAAGGGUGGCGGCUGGAGGGUGGUCCAGGACUUCAGAAGACUGAACCAGCUCACGGAGAUCCCUCGGUACCCGCUUCCCCUGGUUGCACAAGUGCUUGAUGAGCUCAGUUCGUCGAAGAUAUACUCUGCCUUCGAUGCCAAGAGUGGAUUCUGGCAGGUGCCAUUGGCUUCAAAGUCGAGAUAUCUCACCGCGUUUGGGACGCAUGUGGGCCAGUUCCAGUGGAGGAGGAUGCCUAUGGGACUAGCGGGCAGUCCUCCUACUUAUCAGCGCGGCAUGAAUCGUGCUUAUGCUCCAAUCUUAUACCGGUGCUGUAUUCUCUAUUUGGAUGACGCGGUCCUGUACUCGCUGCUGAGGGCAGGCCACUUCGAGGCAUUAGAAUUAUUCUUUGAUUUGACUCGAGAUGCCCACAUCACGCUGACUGCGAGGAAAAUGCAACUCUUCCGCACAACUCUGAAGUACGUUGGAAUGCGUAUAUCUGCCGAAGGCGUUCGUAUGGAUGAGGCUAAGGUGAAUGCCAUACUCGACAUGCCGCUGGGACGAGACUCCCCACUCAAGAAUAUCCGGAGUUUUCUGGGGAGCACCAAUUAUUUCCGGAAGUGGUUGAAGGACUAUUCUCGCGUCACCGCGCCAUUGCGAGCGGUUCUCAAGAAGGACGGCGUUGGUUGGGACAACGAAUGUGAUAUCGCGGUCGCCGAACUCAAGCGGUUGUUGACCUCUGACCCUCUCCUCGUUUGGCCGAAUUUCAGCAAAGAAUUUGAGUUGCACACGGAUGCAUCUGAUGUUGGGUAUGGAGGAGUUCUGAUUCAAAGGGACGCGGAGCACAGAGAGAGAGUGAUCGCUUACGGCUCGAGAGCCGUAGGUGAUCUUGAGAGGAGUUGGACCUCUCAGGAGAAGGAAUGUUACGCUGCCGUCAUAUUCGUCGAGGAGUUCCGGCCUUACCUGCAAGAUAGACCCUUCAAAUUGGUCACUGAUGCUGCAAACUUGCGCUGGCUGCUGACUACCGAACACACCACGCCGCGUCUGAUGCGUUGGGCUAUAAGGCUCUCGGCAUACGGCAUUGAGAUUGUACAUCGGGAAGGGAGACUGAAUGCGGUUGCUGAUAUGCUGAGUAGAGUCUCUCCCAAGCCGCUAGAGGGGCAGGGGGGCUCGACCGUACCCGUCGAAGUGGCGACAGUUCAGGAGGGCAGCGGGAUGGCAGAGAAGACAUCCGAGUAUCUCGAGGCUCUAGAGGACCCGCGUGCGGAGGUUGUACUGGUAUCCGGACCGGCCGGAACGGGAAAAUCCAUGCUGGCUUGUGAGGCGGCUGCCAAAUCGCUCGACAAGGGCAGGGUUAAAAGAAUCAUCAUAACGCGACCCGUGGUGCCCGUUGGUAGGGAUAUCGGAUAUGUUAAGGGAAGCGUCGCGGAGAAGAUGGCUCUCUGGGUGCGCCCGCUCCUGAGUUACCUCUCCCGGUUUUUGUCGGAGGGGAGGGUGAAGGAGUUGCAAGCGGAGGGCAGCAUACAAGUCAUACCGAUCUCGAUGAUCCGUGGUUACUCUUUGGACGACACUUGGCUGAUACUCGACGAGGCUCAAAAUUGCUCGGCGUCGGAAUUAUGGGCCGUGCUCACUCGCGCCGGAAUAGGAAGUCGGAUGGUGGUGAUCGGUGAUAUGGAGCAAUGUGACGUGUCCCGCGACAGCUCGGGGUUUCAGGAGCUUCUCAACAAGGUUGCUAAACUCGGUCCUGAACCACCCCUUUCUAUCCGAUCAGUGGUAUUGACGAAGGCCGACUGCAAGCGGUCCCCGGUGGUGAAACUACUACUAGAAUUGAAGGAUCGUGUUAUAGCAGGUGUGGUCGAAUGCUGUGAGAAGAUUGACUAUAUUGGUUAUGAUGACUUGCCAUCCAGUGCGAACCUAUUGUUACAGGAGUGGGUUGGACAUGUGUGCGGUGUGGUUCCCAUCUCCAAGAGUCACCUUGGGAUGUCACCAGAAACCUGGACUGUUCGGCGUCCGCUAAAAGCUGUCCUCGCGGCAGUCAAGCAGCUCCAUCCCAGUGUUACAUUUGACGCUGUUAGGAUUGAACGUGGAGGCUUUCCGCUUUCUAAGGAGAUUGAUGUGUCUUCAUCUACAUUCCUACCGUUGCUCGCCCCCGAAUUGGUAGAAUGGAUUGGGCCGUUACUCGUGGAGGAAGUUGAGGAGGCGUUAUCGAGUUAUACUUGCUUUACCGGUAGCGAGGAUCCUGACGACGUCGCUGUCCGUAAGGCGGCAGAAGCGAUGGUUCAUCACAAACCGGUGCGUAGGCUACAACCAUCUCCGUCGGCAUCUCGAACUCGGCGUCAAGCAGCCUAUAGUAAUCCCUGCCAGAAGUACGGCUGUACUAGGACUGCCGAUCUCUCGGAUGGUAUAGAGCGCCUCUGCAAAUACUGUGUGGAUCUCUGUAAGAAUGAUACCUGCAGGCGACCGCGUGCUACUGGCUCGCUCUACUGUACGAGCUGCAAGAGAAAUUUCAGCGAAGGGGAUGCCGAGUGUGAGGGAUUACAAGCUGCAAUAGAUUAUGAUAAUCCCGGGGUGCAGGAGGCUGACGAUGGCGAGGUUCCGGAAGGAAUUCAGCAGUCUUUGGACGCAUCAUUACUCGCGGACCUUCGUCGUCGCGAUCCUUCAUCGGAAACGCUCCGAUAUGUGAAGCAGUUGCAAGAAGAGGAUCCGGAGAUUGGACCCCUCAUCAAGUUCCUCAACGGUGACACUGCGGGACUGACCAAAGAUACGGUUCUUAAGAUCCGAGCGAAGGCGGAGCGACAUUAUUUAGACCAGCUCUUGAAGCGCACGCAGUAUGAUGAGUCGCUCGACACAAUCUUCCAUCAAAUUGUGGUUCCCCAAGCCCUACGUGCCUCUCUUCUUGACCUCUACCAUAAUGGGCUCGAAAGCGGCCAUCCUGGUCGGUAUGGGAUGUAUAAUAUGCUGAGGAGACAGUUCUACUGGAAGGGCAUGUGGCGUGAUUGCUCUGAUUACGUCCGCCACUGCAUAACUUGUCGUAGUAUCAGGAGGGGGCCCUCGGUUUACGGUAAUGUGCAUCAACAUUCACGUCAUGUUGCUGCUGCGAUGCAACGGGUGGGUAUUGAUUUGGUUGGCCCAAUUCAUUUACCUCAGUACACUCCGCAGGAUCAGUCGGCAUUCCCUCUUUAUUGUUUGGUUAUGUUAGACGUCUAUACUGGAUGGUUGGAAUUGGCUCCACUUUACACUAAGGAAGCUAAGGAGGUGGCACAAGCUAUCGUGGACAAUUGGAUAUUGCGACAUGGCCCAUUUUGUGAACUACUGUCGGAUCGAGGAGGAGAAUUCCUGAACGAUGUUAUGGGCAGCAUCUGUCGGACCCUCAACAUAACUCAUCUCGUGUCCUCGGGGCACCGGCCCCAGACUAAUGGGUGCACAGAGCGUAUAAACCAGGAGUUGGUGCGCAAACUCAAGAUCUGGGCUGAGGAGUUCGGAGGGGAGUGGUGGCGAGCCUUGCCGGUUGUCCAGCAUGCUCUACGUGUUAUUCCGAGACGAGAUUGUGGGUUUUCCCCAUUCGAGUUGUUAUAUGGUCGUAUCCCUCAUACUAUGCUCGAUCAGAUGUUACAAGAUGUGCUGUCCCAGGUGAAGCCCGAAGUUGAUGAUUAUUAUAUUAAAUUGAAGCGCACGCUUACGAAAAUCCGUGAACGUUUUGCUUCGGUGCGCAGCUUCUCUCAGGACAGACGGGAGGAAGAAUGGAAUGACGAAUCCCGAGUAGAGGAUUUUCCUCUCGGCUCCCAUGUCCUAUACUAUCGUGAGUUGGGUGAUAUGCGAGGAGGAUCCUCAAAGUUGGUUCGCCGUUGGCAUGGACCUUAUGUUGUGGUGAAGAAGCUGAGUGCUGUCAACUACCUGCUCGCUGAUAGUCUGGAUCCUGGGAGUGUCUGGCUCGAUUCGUUUGUGGCUCAUACCAACUAUAUGGUCGACUGUCCUGAGGAUAUGAGAGGUUAUUAUGAAAAGCGAUACAGUCUACCACCACCUGCGGAUUUUUGGGAUUUCAAUGUCAUUCCCGACUCUGUGGGAGUGGGUACGAUUCUUCUCGUCGCCGGUUCCACUGACGACCGAAAAGUCUGGCAUGUUGGGCGUGUCAUUGAGAGGCAUGCUGAUAAUGGCCGACUCCUAUUACAUUUGUAUGACUUACCGAAGGAUUCCAAGGCGCCCUGGCACGGACCAUUCCGGCCCUCUUAUCGGCACCGUUUGAAUGGGGGAGUCUUCGUGACGGUGGGAAAGGUUAAUGGUCGCACUUUCCGUAUGCGAGUAUGUGAGGUACUCGGCAACAAUAUUAUGCAUGUGGAUGCUCUAGACUCUCGCGGGUAUCUUCGUGCCUCAGCUGUUGCCGAUCUCGAGAUCUACGGUCUGCAUUCGGGGCGGUCACCCACCACCUCCCCUCUGUGA